GGCUCCAGGCCGGAACUCUGCACAGGGCCAGGAAAGGGAAGAAAACAGCAAAAUAUUCACUGAAUAGACCUAAAUCUGGAGUCCAAAUGAACUUAAAGAACUUUGCAUGGAAUUCUUUUUCAAGGUCUGUACGCACUAAACCCUUAAUCACCGCAACUCCAGUGCCCAGGCUUUCUCUGGCUUUGUGAAGACUGAGCAAAACUCUGAUGAUGAAGAAGCAAAGAACUUAAUUUCUUGCUUAAAUAUCACCAAAAGUCAACUGAAAAGUGAGCCAGCCAUGGAAACAAAUUCAAGUUUAUGGAAGAACCUACUAGAUGGACACCCAGUCUGCACCACCUGGAAGCAAGAGGCCGAAGGGGCAAUUUAUCAUCUUGCCAGUAUUUUAUUUGUAGUAGGUUUCAUGGGCGGAAGUGGAUUCUUCGGGCUCCUUUAUGUCUUCAGUUUGCUGGGGUUGGGUUUUCUCUGCUCUGCUGUCUGGGCUUGGGUAGAUGUCUGUGCAGCUGACAUAUUUUCCUGGAAUUUUAUACUGUUUGUCAUCUGCUUCAUGCAAUUUGUUCAUAUUGCAUAUCAAGUCCGCAGCAUAACCUUUGCCCGAGAAUUCCAGGUGUUGUACAGCUCCCUUUUCCAGCCUCUGGGAAUCACUUUGCCUGUCUUCAGAACCAUUGCUUUGAGCUCUGAAGUGGUAACUUUGGAAAAGGAGCACUGUUAUGCCAUGCAGGGGAAAACGUCCAUUGAUAAACUCUCCCUGCUUGUUUCAGGAAGGAUCAGAGUGACAGUUGAUGGCGAAUUUCUGCAUUACAUUUUCCCCUUUCAGUUCCUGGAUUCUCCUGAGUGGGAUUCACUGAGACCCACAGAGGAAGGCAUUUUUCAGGUAACCCUAACAGCAGAAACGGAUUGCCGUUAUGUGUCUUGGAGGAGAAAGAAAUUAUAUUUGCUCUUUGCUCAGCAUCGUUAUAUCUCCCGCCUGUUUUCAGUUUUAAUUGGUAGUGACAUUGCAGAUAAACUCUAUGCCUUGAAUGACAGGGUAUAUAUAGGAAAAAGAUAUCACUAUGAUAUUCGGUUACCCAACUUCUAUCAAAUGUCAAGCCCAGAAAUACCCAGAUCACCGCUGACAGAACAUUUUCGGAAUUCCAGACUGUGUUGUGAUAAAUGACUUCAAAGCCUGAAGUUUUAUAAUUAUAAAAGAGACUCUGUUUAUCAUUCCCCAAAUGAAAUAGCAAAAUAUAGAAAAUUGAGCUCACUAAUAUUUUUAUAAAUCAAACUCAGAGGCAAGACGCCAUUGUCAGCUGUUUUAUUCUCUCAACUUCUGCAUUGUGAAUAAAUUUUACAAAAAUUUCUUGU